UUUGCAACGACAGUUUCAACACGGCGACUAGCUGGACAGCUCCAACAUGAAUCGCAAUCUGAUUGCAGUUUUCGCGCUCUUGGUGGCGAUGUUGAUUGCAGUGGAUGGCAAACCUAUUUUCGGUUUGCUGGACGGUCUGUUUGGUCAUGAUCAUCAUCAUCAUUACUACGAUCACGGCCACCAUGGUUACGGACAUUACGGUGGUUAUCCAGGUCUUUACGGAGGCUACCCAAUUGGCUACUAUCCUCCUUACGGAUACGGUGGCUAUCAUUACGGCAAAUAAAACAAAACCACGUUAAGGCCAACGACGAAGACAUCACCUGUACACAUUUAAUUUAAAUAUUCGAUUGCAAUGAUUAGUAUCCAAUUUUUUGUUUAAUAAAAAAUUUUUAACUUGGAAAAA